GUGUACUGUGAUUAUGAAGUUGUGAUGAGGUAUUAUUAUAUUAGUCGUGCUGAUGCAUGAUGGGUUGUAGGCUAGAGCUUGAGUACUGUAGUCUGAAGGCUGUUUCUGAAUUCACUGACCUGGUGAGUAAAUGUUGUGUACAAUGGCACCAUCUAGUGACAAAAACAUAGAAACACACAUUGUUGCUGAAGGAAGGCAUCUCUUUAUUUUCCAGAAAUAAAACUUGUAGACCUUUCCUGCAGUCUCUGAGGAGAUGGACACCUCUUCUUCUUCUGGACGAUCUCCGUCUCCUACUGGGACUGUCUUCUUACCCCCUCCUAUCAUGUGGAACAGUCUAUACAAGCAGGCAGAGAUGGAGGUUCAGUUCCUGAGGGAAGAGAAGAAGACCUGUACAGAGAAGGAAGCCCACAUGCUUGAGUUGAGGGGGAAGGAUCGAACGAUCCGAAAUCAGAAGAAGGAGAUGGACAGACUUCAAGUGUGCCUCUGGGAAGAGGAAAAGAAGAAGAGGAAUGGUGAAACGGAGGAGGACGCGAUGAUUGAACAACUACAGUCUGAGACAGACCAUCUCAGAGCCCUUUUGAAAGAUGAAAGGAGGAGAAGAAGAGUAGAAAGGGGUAUUAUGAAAGAGUGGAAGGCUGAGAUCCUGAGACUGAGGGAGGCAGAGAGCCACAGGGAGGCAGGAAGCCAGAGGGAGGCAGAGAGCCAGAGGGAGGCAGAGAGACAGAGGGAAGCAGAGAGAAAGAGGGAAGCAGAGAGACAGAGGGAGGCAGAGAGAGCCACAGAAUGGGAGAACCAGAGACAAAUGCAGGAAGUCAACAGACUCAAACAACUGCUGGAGCUGCUGAUGGUGGACCUACAACUGGCCCAUGUAAGACAUGUCAUUGUUAUUAUUAAAAGGCAGUGUAUGUUCACCCGGCUGAAAAUGAAUGGCGGCAGACAGCUGUAUGCUAACCCAAUGUUAACUUUUAUGCCUUUCCUAAACGUUAACCCUUACCUUAACCUCACUGAAACUAUACCUAACCUUUACCAUAACCCAACCCUAGGUCCUAAACCUAACCUUCAUUUAUCUCAACCCCUACGCCUUUCUUCUGCCGGUUGAAUAUCCACUUCCUUAUUAACGUCAUUACUGUUGUUGUUGAUAACUGUAUCUGUGCAGGUUGUAAAUAAUUGCAUUAGUGAAACAUCAUUUGUAGGAGUAAUUUCUACAAGCAUAAACAUCAGAGGCAACAUAAAAUUGCAAUGGGAAUUUCUCAACCCCCUAACUGAAUGGGCAAGCUAGUUGUGUGUUUGUAUUUGUACACAUUUUGGACAUAAUUGAUUCCAUAAAAUGUCUCAUAAUUUUUCAAACCAUGUCAAUACAUUAAUUGACAAUGAAUUGUCCAGAUGAAUUGAUCAAAAUGACCCUGCUAUUGAUGUUGUUCAGUGUUUGAUUCAAUUACCUAGGUCUAAGUUGUAUUUGUAUGUAUCAUUCUCUGCAAAUGCUUUGAAAGUAUGUCUUGGUCAUAGAUUAUCACUAAUUUAACCUUUUAAAUUUAAGCAAGAGAUAGAGAGAUUGAGGCUAUGGCAGAAAGUCAUGGAGGAUCAGCGACCAAGACUGGCCUGGAACAACAAACCUAUUGAGACAGAAAGAGAGAGGGACAAGGAGAAAGAAAGGGAGAUGGAAAGGGAGAGAAAAGCAGAAUUGGAAAGACAAGAAAUGAAGAAGAAAGUGAAACAGGCAGAAGAAACGAUAAAAGUGUUAGAACGAGAGAUUGAGAGAUUGAAAGAGACUGAAAAGGAAAUCAUAUUUGAAAGAGAAAGAGACAUGCAUAUUGCAGAGAAUGAGAAAGUCAAACUGGUUAACGAAAAGGUGAAAGAGUUAGAGAGAGAGGUUGAGAGACUGAAAGAAGAUAUGACAACAAAAGAGAUUCAAUACAAAAUCAAAUUUGAAAGAGCGAAAGAAGCAUAUAGAAGACAGGAUGAGAGAGUGAAACAGGUUAACCAAAAUGUACUAGUGUUAGACAGAGAGGUUGCGAGAAUGAAAGAAGAGAUUAGAUUGAAAGACGAGACUGAACCAGAGAGAACAUUUGAUAGAGACAGAGAGAGAGAAAAUGAUUGGAGACGAAGUGAAGAGGAGAUGAAAAAUAGAGUGGAGAGAGAGAUUGAGAUGGAGACAGCCCUCAUCAAUGACAAAAAGAAGUCUGAAUUGGAGGAAGUCUUCAAGAAAAUCAAGGAACAGCUGAAAGAAUUAGAAAACAUGGAAACAGACAAAUAUAAAUGGAAACAGAACCAAAUGGACAUGGAGGAGGAGAAGAUGGAGGGUGAGCUCAACAAACAGAAAGAGGUAGAAAGAAAGAGAAUGGAGAAAAUACCAAAACAGAGACAACAAGAAGAUGAGAAGAAGGAGAUGGAGAGAGAAGAAGAAGAGGAGAGACGCAAACAGAAGCACAUAGAGAUGGAAGAGGAAGAAAGAGGGAGAGAAAAAGAGAAACAGAGAGAGAUCAAAAGGAAGAGAAUGGAGAAGAGACAGAAAAAUAUGGAAAGAGAAGAAGAGAGACAGAGAGAGAUUGAAAGAGAGUAUGAAGAAGAAAGAUGUAAACAGAAGCAAAUAGAGAUGGAAGAGGAAGAAAGAGAAGAAGAGAGACAGAGAGCGAUCGAGGAGAAAGAGAGACAGAGAGAGAUGGGAAAGAAAGAGAGACGACAACAACAAGAGGAGAGAAAGAGAACGUUUGAAAGAGAUCAAGAAGAAGAAGAUAUAUUGAAACAGAAGCAAAUUGACAUGGAGAAGGACGGAAGAGAGAAGGAGAACAAGAGACAGAGAGAGAUAGAAGAGAUACACAGAGGACAACAACAAGAGGAGAGACAGAAACAAAUGGAGAAAGAGAAAGAAUGGGAGAAAGACAAUGAGAAUCAGAGAGAGAUGGAAUUAAAAGAUCAGCAACAGAAAGAGAUGGAGAAAGAAAAGAUGAUCAUGAGAGAGAGGGAGGAAGCAGGAAGAAGAACGGAGGGGCAGAAAAAUAUUUUGGGGGAAAUUGAAGGACAGAAUGAACUGGAGAUAGAACAGGAGAGAGAGAUGGAAGAAAAGCAUGAAGUGAUUAAGGAAGCAGAGGAAGAGUACAGGGAAAGAGAAGAGAGAGGAAAGGAAGUAAGCAUGAAGAAACAUGUAGUAGUUAAUGUUAAAGCAAAAGCACGGGAAGUCUUCAAUAGACGUAAAGAGAGAAGGUUAGAAGUGUUGAAGGGGGAACGAGAACACAUAGAAAGAGGACAACAAAUCAGGAGGGAGAAGGAGGAAAGACGGCUGGAGAUGGAAAGAAAACAGGAGAGGGCAAGACAACAAGAGGAGCAGGAUAAAAAACAAGAGAUUGAAAUUGCUAGACAGAAAGAAAUGUUCAGACUAAGAGAGGAGGAGAGGCAGAGAGAGGAGGAGAGAAAGAGAGCCGUUAAAGGCCAUUUAGCUUUAAUCAGAGAGAGAGCGAUAAUAGAGGCAAACAGAAGAGAGGAGAUGGCGGAAGAGGAACGAAGGGAGAUCCUUGAAAAAAACAAGAGGGGUGACUUAGAGGAGGAAAAGGAAGAAGACAAGGAGGACAUUCUCCCACCUGAUAAAAGUAUCCGAAGGAGAGCUGUGGGCUGGCUAAAUAAGAAGUGGGAGAAGAGGAACAUCAAAAAGAUCGAGAGAACGUAUCAGAGAGAAGCUGAGGAGGGCUAUAAGAUCGUCCACAUAGUCUAA